AUGAUCAUUACAGGCAAUGAUCUUGAUUGUGUUGCUUCUCUGAAGUCAGUGCUAGAUCAGAAGUUUGGGAUCAAGGACUUGGGAUCACUCAAGUUUUUCUUAGGCUUGGAAAUUGCAAGGAACAAGACUGGGAUCAGUUUAACACAAAGGAAAUAUGCUCUUGAAGUUCUUGAAGAAACUGGAAUGACAGGUUGCAAACCAACUCAAACACCAAUGGAGCAGCAAUUGAAGUUAUCCAAAGGUGGUGGAGAUCUGAUUUCUAAUCCUGGCCAGUAUAGGAGGCUUAUUGGGAAGCUAAUGUACUUAACCUUGAGCAGACCAGAUAUCACAUAUGCAGUACAUAGGCUUAGUCAGUUCUUGGCACAACCUAGAGUACCACAUAUGAAGGCUGCUACCAGAAUACUUCAGUAUAUUAAAGGCACACCUGGACAAGGUGUUUUCUUCCCCACAGAUUCUGAUUUGCACUUAAAGGCAUACUGUGAUGCAGAUUGGGCUGGAUGCCCUGACACAAGGAAGUCCUUGACAGGCUAUUGUGUGUUCUUGGGUAAUGCCUUGGUGUCUUGGAGAUCUAAGAAACAAAGUAUAGUGUCUAGAUCAAGUGCAGAAGCAGAAUACAGGGCAAUGGCCACAACCACAUGUGAGCUGACUUGGAUAUUGCAUUUAUUAGAGGAUUUACAUGUUAAACAUGACAGACCUGUUUUGUUAUACUGUGAUAACCAGGCAGCACUUCACAUAGCAGCUAACCCAGUGUUUCAUGAAAGGUCCAAGCACAUAGAAGCUGAUUGCCAUGUUGUACGAAAUAGGAUUCUUGAUGGUACACUAAAGACCUUCUAUGUCUCAACCAAAAAUCAAUUGGCGGAUGUUUUUACAAAAGCCUUAGGAGUUGAAAACUACUUGAGAUUGAUCACUAGAUUGGGUGUAAUCAAUAUCUUUGCUCAUGUAGUAGAAUACCCUUCCCCACCUAAGUCAAGUCACAAGGCAAGAGCUGUGCUCUUGAGGGGGAGUGUUAAAAAUGCAGGGCAUACUGCAGGGCAUAUUGCAGGACAGAGUGGCAUGAGACAAGGUACAAGUGUGAUGGCUAGUACAGUUGCUGCUGAAGUGAAGAGCAUUGAUCAAGCCACGAGGGUUGUAAAGAAUGCAGCACUAGCUGAUAGGCAGUGCAGGGACCAAGCCACACAGGAUGCAUCAAUAGCUGACCAGAGUAGCACUGAAGUCUGGGAAGCAAUUGAAGCAGUUCCACAUCACGAGUUCUUCAUUCAAGAGCGCUGA